UUUAAUCUUUUCACAGAAAGCGUAAAAACGCAACCGUUUUUUACGAAGAUCGACCAGUUAGAUCUCUGCGUUCAGCAAAAAGCAGCACCCUCGUGUCAAUCGCCCAAAAUCUCUCUCAUUCUGUAGAUCACAGUGAGUUGCUACAGUUUGUUCUCUAAAACCCCAGUUUUUGUAUCUCUAUAAACCCUAAAAGUAAGAUUUUCCGAAGCUAACAUCCUCUGUUCGACCCCCAAUGAAUUGUACAUUGUCAAAACCUAGAAAAGUUUUUUUUUUUUUUUUCCAAAACUGUUACUUGAAUUUCCGUCGGUUACCGGCUGAGUCAAAAUUUUGACUAUCCGCCCUCGUAAUUUCAGCCCAGAAGAGAUCUUCUAAAAGCACCUUUUUUUAAAAUUUAUUGUGUUGAUUUUAAUCUGUGUCCGAGUUAACUCGCUGAUCGACUCUGUGAGUCAUAUUUCUGAGUAAUUUUUGAGGUGGAGGAUGUUGAUGUUGAUGUUGAUGCAACAUGGAGGAAAGUGAAGGAAUUGGUAGUGGAGAGAAUGGGAGCUCAAGUGAGGGUCGCCCACCGAACCCUUUUACGGCGUCGUAUCGCAAGUAUUUGACCAAUGAUCCACUGGUGGCCCCCUGUAAGAAGUCCUUGAUUCGUCAUGCUUCUCUUCAAGUGAAGACAAAGACAGUGGAUAUUUCUGUUGAACCUGUAGUUGGUGAAGAAAAUCAUGAGACUGAGUUCAUUCCAGUUGUCCGCUCUGGAGGGUAUGCUAGCAUUGGAAUUCGCACAAGCAUGGAAGAUGUAUUCUUAUGUGUUGAUAAUUUUCUGUUUGAUUAUGGGCUGAAGAAUUUUACAGAAGGUCCCAGUGCCUUUUAUGGGAUGUUUGAUGGACAUGGUGGAAAGCAUGCUGCUAACUUUGCCUGCGCCAAUUUGCCGAGGUUUAUUGUUGAGGAUGAACUAUUUCCAAAGGAAAUUGAGAAGGUUGUUACUUCAGCUUUUCUACAAACUGAUAAUGCUUUUGCAAAAGCUUGCUCCUUGGAUGCUACCCUUGCUUCUGGCACCACAGCAUUGGCAGCUCUUGUUCUUGGGAGGUCAUUGGUGGUGGCAAAUGCUGGAGAUUGUCGUGCAGUGUUAUGUCGUCGUGGUAAAGCAAUUGAAAUGUCAAGGGAUCACAAACCAAUCUGCAUCAGUGAGAAAAAGCGAAUUGAGGCAUCUGGUGGAUUUGUCUAUGAUGGUUAUCUCAAUGGGCAACUCAAUGUGGCUCGUGCUUUAGGAGAUUGGCACAUGGAAGGAAUGAAAAGUACAGAUGGUGGGCCACUUAGUGCGGAACCCGAGUGUAUGACUACGAAACUGACAGAGGAGGAUGAAUUCCUUGUCAUAGCAUGCGAUGGGGUGUGGGAUGUGUUUAGGAGCCAAAAUGCUGUGGAUUUCGCUCGGCGCAGGCUUCAGGAGCACAAUGAUCCAGUCAAGUGUAGCAGGGAUCUUGUUGAUGAGGCUUUGAAAAGAAAGAGUGGAGACAAUUUAGCUGUAGUUGUGGUUUGCUUCCAUUCCCAGCCUCCCCCAAACUUGGUUGCUCCCCGCACAAGAGUGCAAAGGAGCUUUUCUGCUGAGGGUUUGAGAGAGUUGCAAAACUGCUUGGACAGCUUAGGAAAUUGAGAUAAUAGCGAAUACUUCCUUUCCCUUUCUAAUUUAAUUUUAGUUCUAGAGAGAAUCGAGUUCCAACUGUAACAUAUGCAGCGGCAAUUUAUCUUGUUCACGCCUUUCCUUAGGUACUUUUAUUUACUGUUGUGUGAGUUUGCUUCCGUCAAAUCAAAAACUUUUCAUUUGAAAGCCA